AUGGCGCUCGCGCGCGCGCGAAUCGCGCCCGUCGCGCCCGUCGCGCGCGACGCGCGGGCGACGCGCGCGACGACGUCGAGGCGCGAGCUCGCGGGCGCGGUCGCGCUCGUCGCGACGCUCGGGCGAUGCGACGGCGCGCGCGCAUCGCGCGAUGCGAUGGAUUACGACGCCGACACGCUCGACGCGCUCGACGCGGCGACGCGGGUGGUGCGAGGGAAGGCGAGGGAGGGCGAUCGCGCGCGGAUCGACGGAUGGUACGAGCGGAACAAGCGGCGGUACGAUAACGCGACGCGAGGGAAGUCGUUCUUGAUGACGACGAAGACGCUGCGAUACGCCGCGGGACGCGAGCGGAGCGAGACGUUCGACGAGGCGAAGUUUGAUGAAUGGGUGAAGCUUUCGCGAGCGCUCACCGAUGGGUCGAUGAGCGUGAAAGAGCAGCGCGAGGCGUACGGCGCGGCGGUUUGGGCGAAUAACGAUAAGAGCGACGCGAAGAAUCGAAUCGGGCUCUGCGCGUUCGGCGCGACGGGGCCGACGCGAGCGCUCGGUAUCGAUUGUUCGGGCUUUUAG